AUGGGGUCCACAAGUCCAGAUCGAUACGACUUUAUCGUUGUUGGGGCCGGCGCUGCCGGUGCCGUGCUUGCCAGUCGACUCGCUAAGAGCAAGCAGCACCCUUCAGUUCUCCUGGUCGAGGCUGGCGGUGAAAACUCAGCCAAGGAAUUCAAAGCAGAUGCCGAGAGAUGGAUUCACCGAAUGAACCCGCCUUCCAACUGGAGUUACAAGACUACGCCUAUCAAAGGAUUUGACGGCAAGGUUCUCGACUAUGACCGGGGUAAGGGCUUAGGCGGGAGCACGGCGAUCAAUUUUUCCUGUUGGACGAUUGGACCGAAGGACGACCAUGACAGAAUCGCCCAGCUGAUUGGAGACGAGGAAUGGAAGUGGGAAAAUGCACAUGAACGAUACAAGAGACUUGAGAACUACCACUACGAUGUGCCCGCCGAAUUCAAAAAGUAUCUGAACCCUCGUGCAGAGGACCAUGGCGACAAGGGACCGGUGAAAAUUGGCUUUCCACUUGUUUGGGAGCCAUCCGCAAAGACGAUGAUGGACAUAUGGUACGAGAACGGCAUCAAGUUCAACCCUGACCACAACGAUGGAGAUCCAGUUGGCUUAGCCAUCAACUUUGCAACAGCAGUCAAUGGUAUUCGCUCAACCUCAGCAGAUGCGUUGGUCGAUGCACCUUCCAAUUUGUCUGUUUUAACCAACAGUGAGGUUCUCCGCAUCAAGUUCGAGGGCAAAAAGGCUGUGGCUGUGGAGACCGCAGAGGGCAGAGAGAUAUACGCUGACAAGGAGAUCAUUCUCUCGGGUGGUAGUCUGGAUAGUCCUCGCAUCCUUUUGCACUCAGGCAUUGGUCCUGAGGAUCAACUCAACAAGUUCAACAUCCCCAUCCUCAAGGCCAACGACAACGUGGGGCAACAUCUCAGGGACCAUCAUCACGUCAUGUUGUUCUAUGAAAGAGCCGAGCAUACCAGCACACGGCAAGUUUACUACCGUAGCCCUGAGCUACAGGCAACCGCACGAGAACAGUGGGCAAAGGAUGGUACGGGGCCUCUAGCAGAAUUUGCGACGACAUUAGGCAUUGGAUAUCUUAAGAUUGACUCGCUCUUGGACACUGCUGAGUUCAAAGAUCUCCCUGCAGACGAGCAAGAUUUCCUUCGGAAGCCAACAGUGCCGCAUUAUGAAGUUCUCCUGAACGGAGUGCACAUUCCACAGCUUAUUGACCCAGUCAACGCAACUGCUGGAGCAACAUUUUUUGUGUUCAACCUCAACGAACAAUCCGAAGGAGAGGUGACAUUACAGUCGUCAGAUCCUAAAGUCCCUCUUCUAUUCAAUCCCAACUUUUUCUCACAUCCUUGGGACCGGAGAGCUGCAAUUGAGGGUACUAGAGAAGUUCUGAAGGUGAUCAAGAGUCCCGCAUUCCAAAAAGACACUGUCGCAGUUCAGCUGGCACCCAAAAGCGAAUCCGACGAAGACAUCUUGGAAUUCUGGAAACAGACGUCAGGAAGUACUUGGCACAUGAUGGGGACAACUCAGUUCGGCAAGACCGAAAACGAGGGAGUGGUCGACAAAGAUUUCAAAGUGUUUGGGGUCGAUAACUUGAGAGUGGCCGAUAUGGGUGUGAUACCAUUCGCAGUCAACAAUCACACUCAAACCACAGCCUAUCUUGUGGGACUGACAGCGGGCGACAAGCUUGUUGCCGAAUAUAACCUGGAUGACUGA